CGUCGAAACACGCGACGGCCACCUCUCAAUCAGCCACUCUCCGAGCAAUCUAUAGCUCCAUGUUGCUCGCUGAGUUAAUUGAAUAUAAUAUACGCUAAAAGUGAAUGGUGCUGGUAGUUCUGGAAUCAGCGUGUCGGGGCCCCACGGCGCUCUCCAGGCAGCAUCCGCUUUUUGGCACCGAUCUUCAGAACCUGAAUCUCACAGCGUUCACUUGUCUCAGCGAAUAUACUUGGUAGCAAGUAAUCAUAAUGCCACCAUUGGGAGACGCUGACACGAUUCGCAUCCUCGUUUCAACCGACAACCAUGUCGGGUAUAACGAGCGCGACCCCGUUCGUGGCGAUGACAGCUGGAAGAGCUUCCACGAAAUCAUGUGUUUAGCCAAAGAACGUGAUGUCGAUAUGGUCUUGCUCGCCGGCGAUCUUUUCCACGAGAACAAGCCAUCCCGCAAAUCUAUGUAUCAGGUGAUGCGAUCAUUGAGAAUGAAUUGUCUCGGUGACAGACCUUGCGAGUUGGAGUUCCUCAGUGACGCGAGCGAAAAUUUCCAGGGCGCUUUUAACCAUGUCAAUUAUGAGGAUCUGGAUAUCAACGUGGCGAUGCCGGUUUUCUCGAUACAUGGAAAUCAUGAUGACCCGUCUGGAGAAGGACAUCUUGCGGCAUUGGACAUACUGCAAAUCUCUGGAUUAAUCAACUAUUAUGGGCGAACUCCAGAAUCGGAUAACAUCCAGGUCAAGCCUGUCUUGUUACAGAAAGGGGGAACUAAAUUGGCACUGUAUGGGCUAAGCAACGUUCGUGACGAGCGUCUGUUUCGGACAUUCCGUGAUGGCAAGGUCAGGUUUUUCCAACCUUCAGUUCAAAAAGACGACUGGUUUAAUUUGAUUUGUGUACAUCAAAAUCACCACGCACAUACAGAGACAGGAUAUUUGCCAGAACACUUCCUCCCCGAUUUCUUGGAUCUAGUUAUCUGGGGCCACGAACAUGAGUGUCUGAUCCAUCCAAAACUGAACCCAGAAACGAAAUUCCACGUUAUGCAGCCUGGGUCGUCUGUUGCGACGUCACUGGUUCCAGGAGAAGCAGUUCAGAAACAGGUAUCCAUUCUAAGUAUCACAGGUAGGGAAUUCAAGAGCGAGCCGAUACCCUUAAAGACGGUUCGUCCAUUCGUUAUGAAGGAGAUUGUGCUAUCGGAUGACAAAGAGGCAAAGAAGUUGGCGCGGAAGGAAAACAAUCGAACAGAGAUCACUCGUCUCCUGAUGACAUAUGUCGAGGACUUGAUUGAACAGGCUAAAUCGGAGUGGCUAGAGUCGCAUCAGGACGACCUCGAUGGUGACGAAGAGCCCGAAAUCCCUCUUCCGCUGAUUCGUCUCCGGGUUGAGACAUCGACACCUGACGGGGGUAGUUUUGACUGCGAGAACCCGCAGCGGUUUUCCAAUCGCUUCGUGGGCAAAGUGGCCAAUGUGAACGAUGUUGUGCAGUUUCACCGAAAGAAAAAAGCAACUACAACGGGUCGGAAAGUUGACGAUACCGCAGCCGGGGCUGCUAUGUCACGUCUCUCGACACUCGACACUGUCAAGGUUGAGCAAUUAGUACGGGAACUGCUUACAGCGCAAUCAUUGACUAUCCUUCCUCAGAACUCUUUCGGCGAUGCUGUCUCUCAAUUUGUGGACAAGGACGACAAACACGCCAUGGAAAUGUUUGUGAACGAGUCACUAGCCAACCAAGUCAAGUACUUGAUGAGCUUGGAACGAGAUGCAGACCUUGAUGACGAAGACGAAGCGCAUCAGUCUCUACGGAAUGCAAUGGAUAAGUACCGCGGCCAAGUGGAGGACCUAUUUUCUAAAGGGGCUGUCAAGCGGACUCGAGGCAAGAAACGGUUUAAGCCUAAGCCCGACGGUUGGGACUCCGAGUUUGACGGUCCUUGGGAAGACCAACCCGGUGCUUUGAUACAUUCCGACAACGAGGGCGGUGACCCCAACGAAGAAGAGGCUGCAGAGGAUGGAACCGAGAGGACGACGGCGUCUGCUCGCGGCCGAGGGAGGGGACGUGGUGGUCGUGCCACUCCCUCAACUGCUACGCGCAAGGCUACUACUACAGCUGCCGCUACUACGAAAAAGACUACACAGGCAAGGGGAGGCCGACGUAAACAGGCAAUCUCGGAUGACGACGAAGAGGAGGAUGUCGUCAUGGUCGACGAUUCAGUAGAAGAACCCGAAGCUAUCUUAUCUGACGAGGAGGCUUCCCAAGCAUUGUUUGUUCAACAAAAGCCUCCUCGGAGUCGUCAACAAGCUGCUAGUACUGCGACCACCUCGAGGAGAGGGGCGCGAACAGCAGCAUCUCCGGCGCCGUCGUCGGUCACGGCAGCGGCGUCGUCCACGCGACGAAGUGGCCGAGCAGCGGCAAAACCAACACAGCAGACAACCAUCAACUUUGCAUCUCAAACGAGUUCGACGGGCACAGGCCGACGCAAUGCAGCGCGUUCAGCGAGAGGCGGGUUUGCUGAGCUGAGUGAUAUUGAGGACGAUGACGACGACGAUGCCUUUGAGCCGGUUUCUUCCAGCACGCGUAGGCGGCGGUGAAUUGAUUGUCGAGGAAUGGAAGUAGGGCGAAUAUAAUAAUAAUAAGAAGAAUAGCAGUGCUAGUACGUAGUAGGAAUGAAUGGAGU